AUGGCUAUGGCAUCAUCCAAGGCUAUAAUGGCGACUGCAGAGGCCACCGCGAUACCAUCGUUUCCGAUCACCACCAACGGUAAACCUAUGCCAUAUUCGCAACAACAGCUGCUCCGCCAUGACCAUCGACAGCCUUAUAGGCUCCACACAGAUAGGAAGAUCCCCAAGUUAAAAUUCGGAGAUCUGUUGGUGGAAGUGUACGGGAUCGGCUUGAACCCGGCCGAUUGGAAAUCUGCAGACCUUGGAUACCUUCUCCCAUCGCCGGCUGGCUUGAAUGAACGUGAAUUUAUUGGCAGAAUCGUAGCUUCCGAGGUCGACCAGAGAUGCCCCCUUCAGUUCGGAGAGUGGGUCCUUGCCGUACCCACAGACUAUCGAGAUAUCAGGAAAUCGACGUUUCAAGAAUAUACCAUUGUCUGCUGCUAUAAUGCAAUUCGAAUUCCCAAGCAUGUCGAUCCAUUCAAAAUCGCUUCCAUGGGUGUCGCCUAUGUUGCAGCAGGACUCUCGCUUGGAGUCUGUCUCGGCGUCACUUUUACAAAAGGGCCAAAGAAGAGAGAGUUUAAUCUUUUGGAGAUUGCUAAGAGGCGCCCUGAAGAUAUACCUGACGAUAUCAUUGCAGAAGUCUUUGAUGCUAUGGCGCCUUGCUACCAAGCCCAGCCUGGCGAGUGGCUCUUAGUCUAUGGAGCAUCUACUAUUACGGGCCAGAUUAUAAUUCAGUUAGCUAAGCUAGGAGGGCUGAAAGUUGUGGGUGUUGCCGACCUGAGUAAACAUCGGCAGCUUUUACAGUCACUCGGAACGGACAUUCUAGUUGAAAGCAGCGAUCUCGAUCGAGCUAAGCGGGACAUUAAACAGCUUAUUCCUGGCUCACUUAGAUUUGCAGUUGACACCGUUGGGUCUCAAACCGCUGCUUGGUGCCAACAAGUCCUCGCAGAGCGCACAAGCUCCAGAUAUUGCCGACCAGGAUACGAAACGCCGACAAACCGAUUAUCAUCGGCAUAUGUGGCUACUCGCGGAGGUGGCAGCAAGCUCAGCCAUCUUGUUGCUCUGGCAGGCAUCCCUCCGACGUAUUCACCCAACAUCCAGGUUCAUACAGUACCAAUCAAGCUCUUCCACACAAGUCAAUACGUUGGUGGUCAUCUGAGUAAGUGGCUAUACGAGCUGCUAGAUACACACAAGCUGCUGCCUCCGGAAGUCGAAUCAAUGUCCGGUGGCCUGGAUGCUAUAAAUGGUGCUUUAGAAAUAUUGAAGCAAGGUAAAACGGCGGGAAAGGGAAUAGUAAUUCGGAUCAAAGAGCGUGAUACUUUGAUUGAAAGUCUUUCCCAAGCUUGA